UAUUAGUGCUGAUGAUGGUUCUCUGCGGGGUUUCUGUGGAUAACGGCGGCAGAGACGGACAGAGGUGCUGUGAGAAUAAAAGAGUUAAAAUGUCUGAGUGAAGCUGAACGCAGCAGUCACGUGGCAGGCGCUCCUCCUCCUCCUCCUCCUCCUCCUCCUCUUCCCUCCUCCUCCUCCUCCUCGGUGGAUGGUAAACAACAGCAGACGGUCCUGCCCGGUGCUGCUCUCCUCCGCAGACAUGUCGUCCUCAGCUGUCUCCUGUCUCCUCACCGCCAUCCUGCUCUCUGCGGCCGAAGGUUUUUGGUUUACGGGACAUUAGAACGCCGACUGUUACCAGGCAACCGAAGUGCAUGAAGAGCGACGAGCCGGAGCUGCAGCAAACAAAUGAGAGUAUUGAUCAUGCAAACAGAGCGAGCACUGCGGAGUCAUCGACACCUCGCCCACUGACACAAACAUGGAGCGCUGAGUCAUGCGUCAGUUCCUCAUGUGACCACGGAUCAUCAGAUAAAAUGAGUUUCAUACCCACAGGAGAUGAAGCUGAAGCCGGAGCAGGACGCCGCUCUGCAGUGCCAGUCUCACACUGAUGACAUCAUCACCCUGCUGGACUGGAACAGACCAGACCUGAAGUCCGGCGGCUACGUCUUCUUCUACAGAGACGAGCGCUCGUAUGAGGAGUACCAGCAUCCUCGGUACCGCGGCCGCGUGGAGCUCAGAGACCCGGAGAUGAAGAACGGAGACGUUACUGUUCUUCUGAGGAACGUCAGCGACCUCGACACCGGAACGUACGAGUGUCGGGUCAAAACCAGCAAAACACCACCCAAUGAGACGACUCCGUCCGAGAUCAAGUGCCUCAUCCACCUGACGGUCACUGACUCAGGCCACCCUUCUGGAAACGAGGACGGAUAUCGUGAACUCGUCGUUGGUCUCUCGGUUUUCGGAGUUCAUCUCGGUGUGUUUUUUCUUGUUGUUGUUGGAUUCAUGAUUUUUAGAAAAGGUAAAGGAUUCAAAAAGAAUAAUCUAUACGAUCCUCCUGUGAACGAAGGUGAUCCGGAGACCUGAGGAGUCUCAGGUACCUUUACUCCUGAUGGUGUUUGUGUGUUUUGCUGCCGUCACCGAACGGUGAAGGAAAGUCUUUAAAGGGUCGUUACAUUCAAAUUAUCAGCUUCAAAAGAUCAACAAACAUAUUCAGAAUGUAAACAGAGAACAGGUAGAUGAUACGUAUUCAGACUGAUGAGGAAGCAGGUGAACAUCUGGAGCUUUUAGCAGCCAAAGAGACAGAUGUUCCCCUGAGGAGGUGGAGGAGACCAAAAACAGAGAUAAAAGAGAGAGAGUUCUGGACUGACUCAUUAAGAAACAUCAGCAAAUGUUUGCUUCGUUUAAUCUAUCAAUUUAAGAGACGAUGAUGUGUUAAUGAUAUCAAUGAAAAUCAGUUAAUGAAGAUUAAUAACACUAAUAUGAUUUAAUAAUCUUAUUAAUGCAAUUAUUAUUAAGAUUAAUAAUUGCAUCUCUACUUUAAGAGAGCGAUAGCUUCCAUAAAGUCAACUGGACAUAAUAAGUAACAAAAUAUAAAACAGCAUCGUCUGCAUAGAAAUGCAUUUUAAAUGUAUAAUUGUAGUCACCUGGAUCAACUAUGGAUCAAUACAAUGACAAGAUGAUAUCGAUAAAUGUCUAAAAAGAUAAAUGAAUGAUAAAAUAGACAAAUAAAAUCACCUUUAGCAUUCCGUAUUAUGAAUGUAUUUAUUAUAAGUCAAAUAAGACAAAUGAAUGUAAUCUAGUGCAAUAUCAUAAAUAAUAUUACAAUAAAAGACAGAAUAUAUAAACUGUUACAUAUAUUUAACCAUCUGAUUAAAUAUAUUUAUCUUUAUGUUUCUAACAUCAGAAUUUUAUAUCGGCAACAUUCCAUAGAAUACAUUUUGUUUAUAUUCUAAAUGUUUUAGCGAUAUUUUUUUCGUGUUUUACUUCCUUGUGACAUUUUUCUAAAGAGCUUCUCUUGUUACCAUGACGCCGGCUCAUCGAUCGCUGUGAUUGGUUAGAAAGAGAAGUGAUGCAGAGACGAGUGAGAGCCUGAAAAACGUGAAAUAGAUAAAAAGUGAAUGAAACUUUAUUCAUUUCAGGAGGACACACGAUCACAUCAGGAGUAAAGACGGCGUCCAUUUUUAUUUUAUCAGCUUCUGCAUCGAAAUGUUCAUAACAAUAAUGAAAGAAAGCUCGUUAAUAAUCUCAGAAUAAGUUCAGUGUCGCUGCAUGAAAUCAAUAAAUAAUACAGAGAUGAUUGUUUGGAUCAGAUCUGAGGUUUCUUCUGUCUUUUUGCAUUUUAAUUGUAAGUUUUUAUGUUUAAACGCACUUUAUUUCCCCUCGAUAAGCUUUGUGAAGAUAAUAAAUAUUUUGUA